AUGGGUGCCCUUAAGGAUUUAGCGAGGUCAUUCUCCCGGAUGACUCAAGAGGAAGUAGACCUGUUUUGCCUUGAAUAUGGCAUUGAUAAACAGUUUAAUCCGACCGCCCCUGCUUGCGAUGCUUCCAUUGACAAACCGAUUCCUGGUUUUAUUGCUUUGUAUUGUCGGCAUUUUGAAUGGUCUAAUCUUCGUUACCCUUUUUCGUUUUUUGUUCUAAAUUUGCUUGAGUAUUAUCGAGUGUCUUUUGGGCAAGUACAUCCGAAAGGAAUGGCUAGGGUUUUGCACUUUGAAGUGCUGUGUCGUGCUUUAGGUUAUGAUCCUUCAUUGUUGCUCUUUCGGAGGUUCUUCCGGUUAGCCAAAAAUGGUGAUUGGUUUACUUUUGAGAACACAAAGGUUGAAACUUGUCUCGUUUCCUCCAUGGUUACGACCCUUGGAUCAUGGAAGAAUACGUUUUUCUGGGUUUCUGAAUCCAUCAUUCCUUUCAAAAUGGUGUGGAGGCAUCCGGAUGCUGUUCUCAACGAUCCGGAGCCUUCCGAGUCUGAAUUAAAUGAUGCCUUUCUUUCAGCCAUUCGGGGGUGCCCUUCCAGGGUUCGUCCUUUUCCCGAACAUUUGUUAGUGCUUUUAGGGGUUAGUAAUAUUUGGGCAAAAGUUGAUCGGGAUCCGGUGUUGAUGAGAAAUGGCCUUGUUAUGUCUGCUUUGGACUUCAUCAAGAGUGACGAUACGUCCGAUGUGGUUUUUGAAGAUGCUCCGACUGUUCCGGGUGAAAAUGUUGUUGUGAGGACCUCUGAGCAGAGGUUUGAGGGCUCGGGUUAUGUCAGUGUUGAAAAUGUGAAGGGUUUUACCAAGUCCAAUGUUCCCAAGCCUUCAACUCGCCGGUUAUCUCGUCGUUUACUGAAGGCUACUCCUCAAUCCACUUCCACUGAGCCAGUGGAUUUGAGUGAUGACAUCGAGGUUUCUGAGGAUCAGGCUGAGGCAGAGGUUGAGAAGGAGAAGGAAUUAGUUGUGCGUGGUAAGAAGGUUCGAGGGAAGAAGGGUGUUGCUACCCCUGUUCAAGAAUCGUCGAGCAGAGACGUUGAAGGGUUGAACCCUGAGGGCACUUAUGUGCCUUCUUGGUUGGUUAAGAAUGAUGACACUUUUAAGGAUGCUGCUGUUUGUGAAGAUGCUCUUAGUCAUCUUGCUCCUCCUUCCGUUCAGAAGGAGGCAGCUUGGAAGAAGGAGAUUGAGGAUUUGAAGAAGAUGCAUGCCAUUGAGAUGGGUGACCUGAAGAAAAGCUUUGAAGCUAAUUUGUUGAAGUUGAAGGCUGAUCGAGAGGCCUUAUCUGUCCAGCAGAAGGCUUUUCGUGAAGAAAAGGAGGGGUUGAAGGCUUCCGUUGGUCAGGUGACUGCGGAUAAUCAGUGGUUGAUCGAGCAUGGGUUUCAGCAGGGAUUGAAGCCUGAAGGGUUGAAUGAGAAGGUUUGUGCUGAGGUUUUGGGCUCUUUGUCGAGGAAGAGGUCUUACUCCGGGGACAGUGAUGAUACCCUUUCCAGUCUGCCUGAAACCUCGAAAGAUGCUGGUUUGGAAACCUCUGCGGUUGGUGGUGAAGAAGGUGUGAAGGUGAAGAAGACAAAGAAAGCUAAAAAGUCUAAGGGUGAAGGUUCCAAGCCCUCUGAUAACUGA